AUGGAUCACAGUGUGAAAGCAAUGCGACCACGUGGCCGCCUGGUGAUCUGGCAACGCCUGCUAGAGCGCCGUCGUUUCGAAAACGACGAGCUGGAAGCACUCUACCGCCGCUACAUGUUUAAACUGCAACACACAUCAGUUGCAUCAGCAGUGGGACUUUUUGCUCUGCUCACCGGUGUGUUGGCCAACCUGUCGUUUGCCUAUGCUCAAACAGUGACUGCACAGAACAUCUACCACCUGUUGCACUGUGUACUGUUCAUACUGCUCCUGGUGUUCCUGAAUACCAGGCUCAUGCAAGAUGCCUACCUCCUAUGGGUGUGCUAUGCGGUGCUGUUUUUCUGUCUGACUUUCUGUGCUGUGGCGCUGCCAAUUGCAGCCGGUAGUGGAGGGGGAACUUUUAUCAACAAUCCGGCCCCAGGUGGACCAAAUGUGCAACAGCGGAGCAGUGUGAGCCUGGUUUCAGAGGUGCGACGUGUGCCAGCUGAAGGAGUGUGGCAUAUUGUGUUUGUGGUGUUUCUGGCAUAUGCCAUGAUGCCACUGAGGACUUGUGUGGCGGCCUGUUUUGGACUGGGUCUGCCAUUGUUACAUCUGUUGACAUCGCUGAGUGUGGAUGCGGUUUAUUUCGGGCAUUUGCUGAGUAGGCAGAUAACUGGCAACGUACUGGUGUUUGUGUGUAUCAACGUGGUGGGACUUCUGUUGCAUUCUCUGUUGGAGCAUGCGCAGAGACGCGCUUUCUUGGAUACACGAAACUGUAUUGCAGCUCGGCUGGAAAUGGAGGACGAGAAUGAGAAGUUGGAACGCCUGCUGCUAUCAGUGCUGCCACAACACGUGGCCAUGGAGAUGAAGGCCGACAUAAUAUCGCCGGUGGAGGGCCAGUUUCACAAGAUCUACAUCCAGCGGCACGAGAAUGUCAGUAUCCUUUUUGCAGACAUUGUCGGCUUCACGGUGCUGGCGUCGCAGUGCAGCGCUCAGGAGUUGGUGCGGCUUUUGAACGAACUAUUCGGCCGCUUCGAUCAGCUGGCUAGUGAUAACCGGUGUCUCCGCAUAAAGAUCCUGGGCGACUGCUACUACUGUGUGUCAGGUCUACCGGAGCCUCGUUCUGAUCAUGCGCACUGCUGUGUUGAAAUGGGCUUGGAUAUGAUCGAUGCCAUAGCUUGUGUGGUGGAGGCAACAGAUGUGCAACUGAACAUGCGGGUCGGCAUCCACUCUGGUCGAGUGUUGUGUGGCGUGUUGGGCCUGCGCAAGUGGCAGUAUGACGUGUGGAGCAAUGACGUCACACUGGCCAACAACAUGGAGGCCGGAGGCGAGCCUGGACGGGUGCACAUAACGCAGGCAACGCUGGUGUUGGGUGGAGAAUACGAGGUGGAGUCGGGGCAUGGCAGCACUCGUAACCAGUACCUGAGGGACAACGCCAUACAGACCUACUUUAUCAUCCCGCCGGCCAGGAGGCGAAAGGUACGUUCGGCCCUCGGCUCUCACGCCUCAGCCCUACAGCAGCAGAGACGUAAGUUGUCGUUCAAGAAUGUGUCCUCGGUUGUCGUCCAACUCCUGCAUAGCAUUAAGUACUCGGUCGAGGUGCCCUUCUCCGACAUCACGUCGGCGUCUCAGCAUCCCACUUCGACACUGCAUCAUCUGCAUAACUCGCAACAUCACCUGGGCGCUGCUAGAAAGGUUCUGGACCUGCCAGGAGGUCGGUGCGGCGGAGGGGGGAGUGUCCGCCAUUUUGGGGGUGGCGGUGCCACGCUCCCCUCCCACCAUCACGAGAAUCGCUCCAACAAAACGAAAGUAACGGACAAAUUUAAACGACCGUUCAAGAAGCGACAUUCCAGCGUCUAUCACCAGCCUUCGAAUCGGGUCAACAAGUACCUGAGUCAGGCGAUUGAGGCGAGGAGUGUGGAUAGAGACAAGUCACAGCAUGUCAACCUGUUAACUCUGUGCUUUAAGGACAGCGACAAGGAGCAUCAGUAUCACAACGAUGUGGACGUGGGUUUUACGUCAUCAUUGGCCUGCAGUCUGGUGUUGUUACUACUGCUGGGUGCGUUGCAAGCGGCCGUCCUGCCUCGUACAAUCAUACUUUUGCUACUUUUCCUCUUCGCCUUCGUUUGGAUAUCGGUGGUGUUAAUGCUGCUGUUAGCCGUUAGACUUCGCUGGAUAGUGUGGGACAUAUCUGAGAGUUAUGUACUGAGGCUGGCCAUCACCACAUUUACUAUCAUCUUAGUGUAUACCGUGGCUCAGGCGAAUGUGUUCACCUGCCGCACAGACACGGUCUGCCCGUCGGGGGGGCCGACGCCCCUUGUGAAUGCCACCCUACUGGAGCAACAGGACCACAGGGCAUGCCCCUUGCCCCAGUACGUGGUGGUGUCGUGUUCACUGGGCUUCCUAGCAGUUGCCCUCUUCCUCAGAUUGCCGAUACUCAUCAAAUGCGGCCUCCUUGUCCUCAUGGCCACAGUCUACAUUCUGCUCAUUCAGCUCUCGCAUCUGCAUCUCUUCCAGUGCUAUGAUCAGCGUGUGCAAGCUGUGGUACCUAGUGCCUUACAAAGUGUUGUCUACUUGGUCAUGUUCCUCAUAGCUGUCAUAAUGCACGGAUUCCAGGUGGAGUGGACUGCGAGGCUCGACUUUCUCUGGCAGAUACAGGCAAACGAAGAGAAGCGAGAAAUGGAUGCGCUGCAGCACAGCAACAAACGAAUUCUGUUCAACUUGUUGCCGGCGCAUGUUGCAACACACUUUUUGGACAACCAGUUUCGCAACAAUAUGAGUGCCACUCUUCCUCAGGAGCUGUACCACCAGUCGUAUUCGCGUGUGGGCGUGGUCUUUGCCUCCAUCACCAACUUCCACGAGUUCUACAUCGAGUUGGAUGGCAACAACCAGGGUGUCGAAUGUCUCCGGCUGCUCAACGAAAUUAUCGCCGAUUUCGAUGAGUUGCUGGGUUCGGAGCGGUUUCGCGCCGUCGACAAGAUCAAGACGGUCGGCUCGACAUACAUGGCCGCUGUUGGCCUGUUCCCCGACCAGCGCAUACACGCAGACGACCACGACACGAGCGCCGCCGCACUGCUGUCCGACCUGGUCGAGUUCGUGUUUGCCAUGCGCGACACGCUCGUCAGCAUCAACGACAACAGCUACAACAAUUUCAUGCUCAGAGUCGGUAUCAAUAUAGGGCCAGUAGUGGCUGGAGUGAUAGGCGCCCGAAAGCCUCAGUACGAUAUUUGGGGAAACACGGUUAAUGUGGCCAGUAGAAUGGACAGUACUGGCCUGCCCAACCACACACAGGUGACAGAGGAGGUGUACCAAGUGCUGAAGAACCAGCCGUAUGAGUUCCAGUGUCGUGGGAAGGUAAAGGUUAAAGGGAAGGGAGAUAUGACCACCUACUUCCUCACCGACCGCAAACAGCCCGGCACUCUGCGCAUUGAGGAGUUGAACAGUCUUAGAGGAGGAGGCGGAGGAGGAGGAGGAGGAGGAGGUGCUACCACUAACAGCAUACUCGGCAACAUGUACGGAGGCGUUGCCACCCCUCUGGCCUUUCUCCACCAGCAGGGCGUCAACAUUGUGCCGCCCCUGGGGGGCCGUAGCAGCAGGGGCAGGGGCGCGCGGGGGGAGGCAGAGCCCCUUCUGGGGGGUGUUCCAGCCCCCACACUGAUGACGUCAUCGUCCACUUCCUAUCUCAGUCAGGCGGCGUCUGCCGGCCGGAUCGGCAACCAGGAAACCAGUGGCACUAGAUACACCCCACCUUGGCCCAGAGGAGGAGGUGGAGGAGGAGUGAUUGAGGGCGGAGUAGAAGGGGCCGGGCUCCGCCCCUCCCACCACCGCAGCAACAGCCAAUCGCAAGCCGUGAAUGGCUCGACCAAUGGCAGUGCAGCUGUUGGCAACCAAUACAAUAGCAGGCGACAGCAGAGAACGGUGCACCAUCAUAGCGAACAUCGAUCCCAGCUACAACAUCAGCAGCAACAACAACAGCUGUUGGAAGCGAAACCGUAUCUGAAACCGCUGCCACGGCCACCUAGAUCGUCGCACGGUCCCCAGGGGCCGGUCGCCAACUGGAGGUCUCACUCGCCCCAUCGCAAUCCCCACCACUUGCAACGUCACUACUCCGACGAGAGUCUGCAAGGCGCCGGUCAAUCGUCAGCCAAUCAGCACUGGCCUCAGCAUCUAGGCCACGCCUCUUCGCCCCACCACCGAGUGCACUCGUCAGCUGAUGAGAUCAGUUCGCUGAACCAUUCGCCGUCGAUCAGCUCGUCGGACGAGUCCUACAGUCGCACCACUGAUGCAUCUCCCUCUCCUUCACCCCCACCUCCGCAUAUUAGGAGUAGGGGCAGAGGGGGAAUACCCCCCACCACCGCCGAGCAUUGGUUGUUUCCCUCCGAUAUACAGGUGAAUCCAUGCUCGUCGCCAGAACUCUCUCCGCUCGCCUCACACGAUCAGCUGGCAGUGGCUCUCUCACUCCAACAACAACGCAACAUCCAGAACAACAACAACAACCCAGUGACCAGUGACGUCACAGCAGCUAUGACGUCAUCGCGCAGCUUUUCGCCUGCCAAAAACGGUGCGGGAAGCAGCGGCAACAACAAUAAUAGCAGCAGUAAAGGCAGCGGUCGCAGUAGUGGAGGCGCGAGGACCCGCGGCGGUGCAGCCAGUCAGGGCGGUUCGUCGGCGGGCAGUCGGCGCUCGUCCGACAACCAUAAGGUGCGGAAAGGUGGCAACAAUGCCGACUCGGAAAGGAAGAGUGGCAACGGUGGAGGUGAUUCUUCCAUAGCCGUGCAGACGGGGGACUCCACCAGCUAUGCCAGCCUCGACCACAUCAACAGGCACCAACAGCCGUGUGGUAGUUGUGGCCUUACGCCGGCCGGUCGCAGUACUAAUGCAAAUCAGCUGUCAGCUGUUUCAACAGCUGUUGGAGUAACAGAAUCAGCUGAUCAGCACAGGUGUUGCACUCUGGCGGCCGAAAGCCAAACCAACACCACUACCAACACAACCACCACCACAACGUCGACUUCGAGCGGACAUCGACGGUCGAAAGUCGAUAGUCGAUCUAGAGUCGAUAGUCGAUCGAAAGUCGAUAGUAGCAGUCAGACAGAGGCGAGCAAGAAGCAGCAGAUUGCAGCUGAGGCAGAGGAGGAGGAAGAGGAUGAUGAAGAGGAAGAGGGAGGUGGAACCGAAUUUGAGCGCCAAAUUCGAAAAAUUUUGGGCAGUUCGAGGGUCAAACAACAGCAGCAGCCACAGACCAGGUUUGUUACGGCGUCUGGUAUGGACACAGUUAGGGCAAAGGCGCUGCUACAGGAGCGCGCUCUCGGUCUGCUGGAGGACGAAAAUGGAACUACUUGUAGGCCGCUGUUGAGCAGGUAAGAGCAGUACAGUGACAU